GCCUCGCAGCCGUUCAUUCACAUCUCGUCGCAUCACCGUCGAGUUCGCAUCGACGUACAUAUUACACGAGGCAGAGAGGAUAGCACAGAUCAUCAUGCUGAAGACGGCGAUAUUGGCUGUGAUGGUGGGUAUGGUCGUGGCCCAGGACGCCCACCGUGGACGCUUCUACAACCCCAACGUCCACCACCAACAGCAGCAGCAACUGCAACAACGUCAGUACCCGCAACAGGCUGCCAAUCAUCAGUACCAAGCUCAGGCUCCUCAACAACAGCCACAACAACAGCAACAGGCCCAACAAGAGCAAAGACAGUAUCAAGCUGCCCCGGCUCAGAUCAACGAGGAGAGAAGAGUCAGCACCACACCCAUCCCAAUUUUGCAGUGGAACAAACAGCAAGAACACGACGGCACCUACAGAACUAAUUACGAAACCGGCAACAACAUCAUCGCCGAGGAGCAGGGCUACAUCAAGCAGGUGGGCGAGGGUGAGGACCGCGCCGACGCACUGGUGCAGCAGGGCAGCUACUCGUACACCAGCCCCGAGGGCCAGAUCAUCACUGUGCACUACACCGCCGAUGAGACGGGCUUCCACGCGCAUGGAGAUCACAUUCCCACCCCACCUCCGGUGAGCGAGGAGAUCCAGAAGGGUCUGGACCUCAUCUACGCCGGUAUCAGGCAGCAACAGGAAGCCGCGGCCCGCGAAGCCGCCCUGAACCCCAACCAACAGCAGCAGCAACAGAAAUUCGACGACCACAGCGGCAGAUAUCGUCCUUAGACUUUCGCGAAUCAUCGACUGCGACGAGAUCAUCCAUCCUGUGACUUUGCGUUGUGACGAUAACGACGACAAUUUGUAAAAUAUCGAUUAUUUUUUUACAUGU